UUUCCUAUUCGAAAAUGGAGUUCUACCGAAGACUUUAAUAUAGCUUCCUUAAGAUAUUUCAGCUCCACUGCAUUCGCUCACCAGACCCAUUUCGGUUCUCGCGGGCUUUAAAGGCGGUGUGGACAACACACGAUGCAUCAGGCAGAUCUCCGGCUGAUCAUUUUGGGUGCUUUUCUCAUCUCAGCAUCUACAGGUUCUGUGAAGAAGAAACAAAAUGUGGAUAUAUACAGCUUCUACAUUAACUCCACGGUCACCAGCCGCUACGCCACAACAGUCAUCACAAGCCGCGUUGCGAACAAAUUGAAUGAAUCUCAAGAGAUCCAGUUUGAGGUCAAGAUUCCCAAGAAUGCCUUCAUCAGCAAAUUCAGAAUGGUUAUAGAUGGGAAAACAUACAAUGGAGUUGUGAAGGAAAAAGAGGAAGCUCAGGAGCAAUACAAUCAAGCAGUAUCUCGAGGACAAAGUGCUGGACUGAUCAAAUCAGUUGGAAGGAAUUUAGAGGACUUUAAAACCUCAGUGACAGUAGCUGCUUUUAGUAAAGUGACCUUUGAGUUGACCUACGAGGAACUGUUAAAGCGUCGCCUCGGCAAAUAUGAGCUACUCAUCAACGCCCAACCGAUGCAGCCAGUGGCUGACUUCAAGAUGGAAGUGCACAUCCAAGAGAAGCCAGGAAUCUCCUUCUUGGAGGUGAAAGGAGAUUUGAGCACCGGUGAUCUGGCCGAUGCCAUCAAAACCACCAGAGCAGACAAAGAGGCAUCGGUGACAUUCUAUCCCUCUCAAGAUCAACAAACCAAGUGUAAAAGCUGUGGAGAAGAUGGGCUGAAUGGAGACCUGCUUGUAACGUAUGAUGUCAACAGACAAAAUCCUAAUGGGGAAAUCAUGGUAUCAAAUGGCUAUUUCGUCCACUACUUUGCCCCCUCUGAUGUUCAACGUAUUCCAAAAAAUGUGGUGUUUAUCAUCGACCGGAGUGGUUCUAUGCAUGGUAGAAAAAUAGAUCAGACUCGUUUGGCACUGCUGAGGAUUUUAAGUGAUCUUGAUGAGGAUGACCACUUUGGAUUGAUCACCUUUGACAGUGAAGUUAGCUUAUGGAAGCGUGAGCUCCUCAGAGCUACUGAGGAAAAUCUAGAGAAUGCCAAAUCUUUUGUGAAGGAGAUCAGAGAUAGAGGAGCCACGGACAUAAACGCAGCAGUUCUAGCAGGAGUGGAUAUGAUCAGUCGACAUCCACGAGAGGGAACAGCCUCCAUCCUGAUCCUGCUGACCGAUGGAGAUCCCACUUCAGGUGAAAUCAACAAAGAGAAGAUAAUGGCCAAUGUGAAAGAGGCCAUUGGGACAAACUUUCCCCUCUAUUGCCUUGGUUUUGGAUAUGAUGUUAACUUUGACUUCCUGACAACGAUGUCUCUGGAAAAUAGUGGAGUUGCUCGCAGGAUUUAUGAAGAUUCAGACGCUGAUCUACAGCUUCAGGGCUUCUAUGAAGAAGUUGCCGUCCCUCUUCUCACUGAAAUUCAACUUAAAUACCCAGGAGGUACAAACCUUACCAAGACCAGCUUUAGCUUGUACUUCAAUGGCUCUGAGAUUGUGGUGUCAGGACAAAUCACAGACAACAGUGUGGAGAGUUUCACCACCGAAGUCAUCGCAGUAUCAAAAGGCAGCGAUGUGACGUAUCAAGACACUAUAAUGACAAAAGAGCCCAGUGAUGUUCCACCUGAGGAUGAAGAUUUCAUGCAGAGGUUGUGGGCCUACCUUACAGUGAAACAGCUUCUGGAGAGACAGGUGCUUCUUAAAGGACAGGAGAAAGAGGACGAAAAGAAAGAAGCUCUCAGACUUUCCCUGAAAUAUCAGUUUGUCACUCCCCUCACCUCUAUGGUCGUUACUAAGCCACAGGAAGGAGACGUGGAAGUAGCUGACAAACCCAAAGAGGGAGAAAGAAGAAAAAUGAGAGGAAUGGCACUUGUACCUAAAGUUUAUAAUGACUAUGCCUAUGACUAUGACCUGAGGCCUCAAGCGGACAUGAUGAUGAGCUCUUCACCAGUAUUUUCAAUUAUUUUGGGGGUGGGGAUCUUUGUUAUUUUUGUUUUUGUUUUUGUGUUAGGUUUUUUUUGCUGGCGCCGGUCCACUCGUAGGCAGCACGUCAGCUUGCAGAGCACUUGUGAUUAAGGUGUCGCAAAUUCAAGUCCCGGCUACCAGACCUUAGCCGAUCCUGGAUUGAUUUCCUUCCUUUCAGAUAUAGGUCAUUAUCCCCCACAAUCAUGCAAGUUAUUCAAUUUAUAUUUUUUUCCUGUUUGUUUGUUUGUUUGUUUUUUUUUUACUUGGUUAUCCAUAUGUCCUUGUGGGCGACUGUCAUGAUAAUAAUUUGGUUUAUUAUUGGCUUUCAAUGAUGAUUCAUCAUAUGUUUAUCAUAUAUUUUAAUGAGCAAUUGUAGUAAGCUUUUUCAGUCAAGGUGAUGUAAUUAUUUGUAUCAAGUUUACAUGCAUUAUUACUAACAGUAAUAACAUGCUUUAUGCAUAUGAAUAUGCAGAAAUGUAAACAUUUAUUGUCUUAAAUGUCCUAAAUGUAUGCCAAAAAAAUAUAUGCAUGUCUUUGUUUUCAUAUUCCAGCAUUAUAACAUUACACUAGUACGCCAAAUGAUUAUUUUUUUUUUUUAACUUUUAUUAAAUGUAAUAGAUCUUAUUUUAUUUAUUUUCUGUAUUUUUUUUUAUAAGAAAUGCAUAUCACAGUUGCUGGGGAUUAUGGUAUUGUGGUAUGUCAAAAUAUUUAUCUUAUUUAUUGAUGUGAAAUAGUAGUAAAGGAAACGAAUAAAACAGAAAUCAAUCAC